UGAAAACUUCGGUCAAUGGUUGAUUGACCGAAGAUUCCUUAAUUCGGGUGAAGGAGCUCUGUGAGCAGUGAGCAGAGCACCGAAUAGGAAUCGGAGAGUGGGAAUUUAGAGAAACCUCCGGUCUCUUUUACUCUCGCACUCUUUUGAGAAGAAGGAAGAAAAAGGAAACCAGUGCUUGAGUAGUAUUACUUGCUAGCUGAAAAAUCAUGGGAAAAGCUUCUAGAGAUAAGAGGGAUAUCUACUAUCGAAAAGCUAAAGAAGAAGGUUGGAGAGCUCGAAGCGCUUUCAAGCUUCUUCAGAUUGAUGAAGAAUUCAAUCUGUUUCAAGGAGUAAAGCGGGUAGUAGACCUUUGUGCAGCGCCUGGAAGCUGGAGUCAGGUGCUUAGCCGAAAGUUGUAUCUUCCUGCCAAGCUCUCACCAGAUAAAAGGGAUGGUGAUCUUCCUCUUAUUGUUGCUAUUGAUUUGCAGCCCAUGGCUCCAAUUGAUGGUGUUAUUCAAGUGCAGGGUGAUAUCACAAAUGCGAGAACAGCUGAAGUGGUCAUCAGACAUUUUGAUGGAUGCAAGGCUGAUUUAGUUGUCUGUGACGGUGCUCCUGAUGUUACUGGACUUCAUGAUAUGGAUGAAUUUGUGCAGUCACAGCUGAUAUUAGCGGGUUUAACCAUUGUUGCUCAUAUACUUAGAGAGGGUGGAAAGUUCAUUGCAAAAAUAUUUCGUGGCAAAGAUACUAGUCUUCUCUACUGCCAGCUGAAACUGUUUUUCUCAGUCGUGACUUUUGCAAAACCGAAAAGCAGCCGCAAUUCCAGUAUAGAGGCAUUCGCAGUUUGUGAAAACUAUUCACCUCCGGAAGGAUUUAAUCCAAAUGAUUUACACCGCCUUCUGGAAAAGGUGGGCACUCCCUCUGGAGAGGAUGACCUAGAUUGCAAUAGUGGUUGGUUGGAAGGGCCAAAUAAGGUUUACAUCCCAUUUUUAGCUUGUGGGGACCUUAGUGGAUUUGAUUCAGAUCGUUCGUACCCUCUCCCAACUGUUGCAGAUGGAACUACCUACAAGAGCUUGGAUCCAGUACAGCCCCCUAUAGCCCCACCCUACAAAAGAGCACUUGAAAUGAGGAAAGCCUCCAGCCAUGGAAUCCGAGAGGUCGAUAACAUUUGAUCAGUAAUCUCCUUCUUGGGAUUGUCAGAUUUUGAUAGGUAGUUCUCUACUCUGGACAUUUCCUUUCAGGAUGCUUGAUAUCUUAUUAGUUCAGAACCAUGUAAUGCAUGCUACUAUAACUUAUAGCGUAACAGAUAGCUGUUGUUGUAGACUUAAAAGGACCCAUUUAAACCUUUCAUGUUGUUUUGAAAUGAUAACCAGUUACUCUUAGAGGGUUCAAAUUGACUGUUGAUAACUUCA